GCCCCCCGCGCCUCCCUGCCCCGCGCCCUCCUCCCCGCGCCGAGCCCCACCCGGCUCAGACGGCUCCGGACGGGACCGCGAGCACAGGCCGCUCCGCGGGCGCCUCACCUUCCCCGCGGGACCCCCGCCCAGCCCGGCCCGGCCGCCAGCGCGCCCCGUCGGCACCGGUUGCCCCUGCGCCUCUCUCUCUCUCUCUCUCUCUCUCUCUCCCUCCGUGAGCCCAGUGGUCAGCGCCCAGCCGCCAUGUUCAGCUGGCUGAAGCGGGGCGGGGCGCGCGGCCAGCAGCGCGAGGCCAUCCGCACGGUGACGUCCUCGCUCAAGGAGCUGUACCGCACCAAGCUGCUGCCACUGGAGGAGCAUUACCGCUUCGACGCCUUCCACUCGCCGGCCCUGGAGGACGCCGACUUCGACGGCAAGCCCAUGGUGCUGGUGGCCGGCCAGUACAGCACGGGCAAGACCAGUUUCAUCCAGUACCUGCUGGAGCAGGAGGUGCCCGGCUCGCGCGUGGGACCCGAACCCACCACCGACUGCUUCGUGGCCGUCAUGCACGGCGAAGCCGAGGGCACCGUGCCCGGGAACGCCCUCGUCGUAGACCCUGACAAGCCCUUCCGGAAGCUCAACCCUUUCGGGAACACCUUUCUUAACAGGUUCAUGUGUGCCCAGCUUCCCAAUCAGGUCUUGGAGAGCAUCAGCAUCAUUGACACCCCCGGCAUCCUGUCGGGCGCCAAGCAGCGAGUGAGCCGGGGCUACGACUUCCCGGCCGUCCUGCGCUGGUUCGCCGAGCGCGUGGACCUCAUCAUCCUGCUUUUCGACGCCCACAAGCUGGAGAUCUCGGACGAGUUCUCGGAGGCCAUUGGCGCCCUGCGCGGCCACGAGGACAAGAUCCGCGUGGUGCUCAACAAGGCCGACAUGGUGGAGACGCAGCAGCUGAUGCGCGUGUACGGCGCGCUCAUGUGGGCGCUGGGCAAGGUGGUGGGCACGCCCGAGGUGCUGCGCGUCUACAUCGGCUCCUUCUGGGCGCAGCCGCUGCUCGUGCCCGACAACCGGCGCCUCUUCGAGCUGGAGGAGCAGGACCUGUUCCGCGACAUCCAGGGCCUGCCGCGCCACGCCGCGCUGCGCAAGCUCAACGACCUGGUGAAGCGGGCACGGCUGGUGCGGGUGCACGCCUACAUCAUCAGCUACCUGAAGAAGGAGAUGCCGUCGGUAUUUGGGAAGGAGAACAAGAAGAAGCAGCUCAUCAUGAAGCUGCCGGUGAUUUUCGCCAAGAUCCAGCUGGAGCACCACAUCUCCCCCGGCGACUUCCCCGACUGCCAGAAGAUGCAGGAGCUGCUGAUGGUGCACGACUUCACCAAGUUCCACUCGCUGAAGCCGAAGCUGCUGGAGGCGCUGGACGAGAUGCUGACCCACGACAUCGCCAAGCUCAUGCCGCUGCUGCGCCAGGAGGAGCUGGAGAGCACCGACGUGGGCGUGCAGGGCGGCGCCUUCGAGGGCACCCACAUGGGCCCGUUCGUGGAGCGCGGCCCCGACGAGGCCCUGGACGACGGGCAGGAGGGCUCGGACGACGAGGCCGAGUGGGUGGUGACCAAGGACAAGUCCAAGUACGACGAGAUCUUCUACAACCUGGCGCCGGCCGACGGCAAGCUGAGCGGCUCCAAGGCCAAGAGCUGGAUGGUGGGCACCAAGCUCCCCAACUCGGUGCUGGGGCGCAUCUGGAAGCUGAGCGACGUGGACCGCGACGGCAUGCUGGACGACGAGGAGUUCGCCCUGGCCAGCCACCUCAUCGAGGCCAAGCUCGAGGGCCACGGGCUGCCGGCCAACCUGCCGCGCCGCCUCGUGCCCCCGUCCAAGCGGCGCCACAAGGGCUCGGCCGAGUGAGCGCCGCCGCCGCCGGACACCGCGCGGGGCCCCCACGCAGGCACAACUCACGGACGCUCACCCGCAGGCUCCCGGCCGCACCGCGGCCACUCACGUAUUUAUUAUGGCCCACUCGCCUGCGCUCCGCACGCAGACGCACCUGUUCC